AUGGCAGCUGUUUCAAAUGCUCAAACAGAAGACCCCCAUCUGGGCUCAGGGCCGGAUGAUGACUCCUCAGAGGUGUUCACAUCUGGAGAGGAUUCCGACGCUGAGAGCAUUUUCUCUGAUGACUCGGUCCUCCCUGAUUACAAAUGUGAGGAAAGGGGAGAGUGUGGUGCUGCUACCACGCUGUACCAGGCUUGCGCCAGAAAUGAAGCCCUGACACUCCGUCAGGUACUGGAGAGAGGUGUCACCCGUGAGGAGGUCAUGGAGGUGGACAUCAAUGGCUGGAAUGGACUAAUGGUGGCUGCUUACAAGGGCUUUGUGGAGAUCGUUUCUGGACUCCACAGCUGUCCAUACCUAGACAUCAACCACCAGGACAAUGACGGAAACACGGCAUUAAUGAUUGCAGCACAAGCAGGUCACAUCACCAUUUUGAACUACAUCCUGAACUAUUAUGCUGGGGCAGACAUGGAGAUCCGGGACACACGUGGCUUCACGGCGCUCAUGAAGGCGGCUAUGCAGGGACGCAGCGAGUGUGUGGUUGCACUCAUCAUGGCCGGUGCAGAUCUGAAUGCUGUGGACUCCCAACGAGGGAAGUGCGCAAGAGAAUGGGCGCUCAAGACAGCCCGCUUUGAGACAUUGCAGAAGUUCCGGAAGCUGACCCUGCAGCCUCGUGCUGAUCAGUUCUGCGAGAGCUAUGUCCCUGAGUGGCCGGAGCUCAAAAAUCUAGUGGCCAAGGCCAUGGCCACCAAGACCAGAGGGGAGCGACUCUCCCAGCAGUUGCGCUCCACAUUUUCUUUCAGCUUUCCACAGGACCCCCAGAACAAUGGCGUGCUGGACCACAUGGUGCGCAUUACUACCAGCAUCCACAGUCCCCUAGUAGUCACCGGCUGUCGCCCACUCUGUCCUACCAGUCCCCCGGAGGUGGGCAAGAGGCGGUUGGCUGUCCCUGAGCUGGCUCUAAAGUAUUCGCAGAAAGAGCUGGAGGAGCAAUGUGUGCAGCACAGCCAAAGCUCCUUCUCCUCUGCGAUGCCCUCAAGCAGCUCCACCACCUCCAACACUGCAGUCUCCUGCUGCAAGGACACAGAGAGGAGGGGAAGCGCACUCUCUAUAGCCUCAAGUGGGAUGCAAAGCUUCAUCCCACGGGGCACGGGCCGUCGAAAUAGUGUGUUCCCUUCUGGCUGUAUUCCCCAGAUCAAAGUGACCAAAUCGGGGGAACCUACACCAAAGAAGGAGAAGAAGGGAAAGAUGUCUAAGCGCCACCUGGAGCCACCCAAAUGGAAGUACAAAGAAGCCAAAGAGGAGAAAAAGACGGAGAAGAAAAUGGCUGAAAAUGCAAAGACUUGUAGUGACACGUCUGAGAAGAAGAAAAAAAAAAAGUGA